CUAGCAUGCCCAUGGUUGUUACUAGACGCCCAAAAUAGAGACCGGAAGGCAUUAGCUUUUUUGCGGUAGCGGUCAGUAUCAAUAACAUGCAACUACGUGGCAAGGACUGACCUGCCGGCAUAUGCGACGCCUGCUGUCUUAUGCAACUUUACGUUGAAAGGAUGACUGUCGUUAAGAUGAGGAGCAUUAUUAUGCUGUCCCUGCUACUGAUCACCAUGCAACACAAAGUAUCUGCAUCCAAAGGUGUCACAGCAAGUCUAAAAGCGAAGUGGCAGACGACACCUUUUCUUUUGGAGACAAGUGAGUUUAUUGGAGAGGAUGGCAAUGAGAAAUUCUGGCAGUUUGUCGACACUGUGAAGGAGCUCACUGUGUACAAGCAAGGGGAGUCUGUCCGUUCAUACUACAACUUAAUUAUUAAGAAAGCAAACCAGUUCCUCACGGAUCUUCAAGUGAACCUUUUGAAAUUCGCUCUGUCUCUGCGCUUCUACUCACCAGCUGUUCACGCCUUGCAGCAGAUAGCCAGCGACGAACCUCCGCCGGAGGCUUGUCCCGCCUUUGUCUCCAUUCAUGGCCAACAUACCUGCAGCACAAAAAACAUCAAGAAGCUCCUGAAGGCAGCUGCAGGCAGGCCCAAACCCUAUUUGUACAACAGUGAUCAUAUAUAUCCAAGGGCAAAUAAAACCGAUGUCCCUGUCGCAAUCCUGUAUGCCGAGAUAGGAACCAAGAAGUUCAGCACCUUUCACACCGUGCUGUCAGAGAAGGCUCAUGGGGGCGCUCUUACAUAUGUACUGCGGCAUUUUGUGGCGAAACCAAAGCAGCAGAAGAUGCUUUUGUCUGGCUAUGGCGUGGAGCUAGCAAUCAAAAGCACAGAAUACAAAGCAGUGGAUGACACCAAAGUCAAAGAUUCAAAGACAUUCAUUAAUGCAGCGGAUGAUGAUAACGAUGAAGUCCAAGGAUUCUUUUUUGGAACCUUAAAGAAAUCUCACCCAGAACUCCAGGAUCAACUAGGUGAACUUCGGAAGCAUCUCCUGGAUAGUACCAAUGACAUGGCCCCUCUAAAAGUGUGGGAGCUGCAAGACCUGAGCUUCCAAGCAGCUGCUAGAAUCCUGUCCGUGCCAAAGUUUGAUGCUUUGAAGCUCAUGCGAGACCUCAGUCAAAAUUUUCCGGCCAAGGCAAGAUCACUGACAAGAGUGGCCGUAAAGAAUGAGAUGAGAAAAGAAAUUGAAGAGAACCAAAAGCAUCUCAGUGAGACGAUUGGUGUUCAGCCAGGAGAUGGAGAGCUCUUCAUCAAUGGUCUGCACAUUGAUCUGGACAUUCACAACCCUUUCAGCAUUUUGGAGAUCCUCAGAGGCGAGGCCAGGGUCUUGGAGGGUCUUCACAACUUGGGUGUAAAAGGAGAGCAUCAGAGCACACUUCUGAAAUUACCUGUGAACCACGUGUCAGACAGCUAUGCAUUAGAUAUUAGACAUCCAGCUAUAAUGUGGAUGAAUGACAUUGAGAAUGACCCGAUGUACAGCAGCUGGCCAGCAGGUGUACAGGAGCUGCUGAGAACCACCUUCCCUGGAGUCAUUCGACAGAUUAGACGGAAUCUUUUCAACUUGGUGCUUUUCCUUGAUCCGGAAGAGGAGAAAUGUGUGGCGCUGGUGAAACUCGCCCAGCUCUUCUACAAACACAAGAUCCCCCUGAGAAUUGGAUAUGUGUUUGUUGUCAACCGCGAAGAUGAGAUUGAUGGCUUCUCAGAUGCUGGGGUCGGCUUUUACCGACUUCUGAAUUACAUCGCAGACGAGUAUGAUUUAUCCCAGGCGUUGAUAUCCAUGGCCUCGUUGUACAACAGAGUCGAUGAAGGGGAGACAUUGACGGCUGACACAAUCGCUGCCUUCCUGAAGAGUAAAUUCCCUAAAGCCAAUGCUGAAAGGAUCCUUGGAGCAGAAUCGGAAUAUGAUGCCAAAAGGAAGGACGGUGCCCUCUUUUACGAAAAGAGUGGCCUAGGCACCCUUCCUCUGGCUUUAUUUAAUGGAGUCCCCCUGAGUCCAGAUGAGAUGGAACCCAGUGACCUGGAGAGUGUCAUCUUGCAGCGCAUUAUGGACUCCACCACUACCUUCCAGAGAGCUGUUUUUAUGGGUCAGCUGACUGAGGGGACAGACGUGGUAGAUUACCUAAUGGACCAGGCCAAUGUAGUACCCAGAAUGAACCCACUUAUUUUAAGCACAGACCGGAAGUACCUGGACUUCACUGCCACACCGGUUGUGAAUGACUGGGAGGACACAACUAUGUUUUCAUUCCUGGACUCCAGAGACAAGACCGCUGUGAUGGCUAAGCGAAUGAAAUAUUUUACAAAUAAUGGUGACGAUGGGAUGAGCACUGUGACCAUGUGGAUUGUAGGAGAUUUUGAGAACGCCUCUGGAAGAAAAUUGUUGCUUGGUGCCCUAAAACAUUUGCAGAGAGCCAGCCCUGGAGUGCGUAUGGGGGUGAUAGAUAAUCCCAAUGGAAGGCCCAGCGAAGAUAACACGGUUCUGUACCGGGCUAUCUGGGCUUCUCUCCUCACCCAGAAGAAUAAAGCUGCAGCUGAGUUUGUGCAAAAACUUCUGAGGGAGCAAAGUAACCAGCUCCUCCAGCAGGGGACCAAGAUGAAAAACUUGCUGCUGCAGGACAUGGACACAGAUGCGUUUGAGAAGAAGUUCAACACUCUAGAAGUGGAUUUUGUCCGCAGUCAGCAGCUCUUCUGCCGGGAUGUCCUAAAACUGGGUGCUGGCCAGAGGGUAGUCAUCAGCAAUGGCAGGAUUGUCGGGCCACUUGAGGAGCAAGAGGAAUUCACUGCAGAGGAUUUCCAAUUGCUGGAGAAGAUUACUCGAAGCGGCUCUGCAGAGAAAGUCAAAGCCCAAGUUAAACUGAUGGGGAUGAAGCCAAAGCACGCCAGUGACUUGGUCAUGAAGGUUGAUGCCCUCCUAACUGCAGCCCCCAAGGGAGAGGUUAGAAGGGACGUGAACUUUCUCCAAGACAUGCACAGUGUGCUCCAGCUCUCGCCACGUGAAAACGAAGUCUUCUACGAUGUGGUGGCCAUUGUUGACCCGCUUUCCAGAACAGCGCAGAAGAUGUCCACUCUGCUGAUUGUGCUCAGUCAAGUGGUCAACUUAAGGCUGCGGUUGUUCAUGAAUUGCAGGGCCAAGUUGUCCGAGAUGCCCCUCAAGAGUUUUUACUACUUUGUGUUGGAAUCUGACAUCACCUUCUUGGCCAAUGACACGGUGUCUGCCGGUCCAGUGGCACGCUUCACAGAGCUCCCCGAAUCGCCACUUCUCACCCUUAAUAUGAUCACACCAGAGGGCUGGAUGGUGCAGGCCCUCCGCAGCCCCCACGACUUGGAUAACAUCCACCUGCAGGAGUUGAGCGGAGCCGUGACAGCAGAGUACGAGCUGGAACACCUCUUGUUGGAGGGUCACUGCUUCGACCUGUCAACCGGACAGCCUCCCCGUGGGCUGCAGUUUACCUUGGGCAUGAGUCGAGACCUGCUCAUGUAUGACACCAUCGUCAUGGCUAACCUGGGGUAUUUCCAGCUGAAAGCCAAUCCCGGUGCCUGGACACUAAGACUGCGUAAAGGACGAUCAGAGGACAUCUACGAGAUUAUUUCGCAUGAUGGAACUGAUUCCCCAGAAGACGCAGGUGAUGUCGUUGUAUUGCUGAACAGUUUUCACAGUAAGAUCAUUAAAGUCAGGGUCCAGAAAAAGGCAGAGAAGAUGAAUGAGGAUCUUUUAAGUGAAACGAGUGAAAGCAAAGGCCUGUGGGACUCCAUAGCAAGUGUUUGGAGUACUUUUGAAAAAAGCAUCGCAGGAGGAGGCUCCAAGAAGAACGAUGGAGAAAAGAAGAAAGAGGAUGUUCUAAACAUAUUUUCAGUUGCCUCUGGUCAUCUGUACGAGCGCUUUCUGAGGAUUAUGAUGCUGUCCGUCCUUCGCCAUACCAAAACGCCUGUCAAGUUCUGGUUUCUCAAGAAUUAUCUCUCACCCUCGUUCAAGGAGACCAUCCCUCACAUGGCGGAGUCAUACGGUUUUCAGUAUGAACUUGUGCAGUACAAGUGGCCACGUUGGCUCCACCAGCAAACCGAGAAGCAGCGCAUCAUCUGGGGCUACAAGAUCCUCUUCCUGGACGUUCUCUUCCCUUUGGCUGUGGACAAGAUCAUCUUUGUGGAUGCCGACCAGAUAGUACGGGCUGACUUAAAGGAGCUGCGAGAUCUGGACCUGGAGGGCUCUCCUUAUGGAUACACACCUUUUUGUGACAGCCGCAAAGAGAUGGACGGCUAUCGCUUUUGGAAAAGCGGCUAUUGGGCAUCGCAUCUGGGACACAGGAAGUACCACAUCAGCGCGCUCUACGUGGUCGAUUUGAAGAAGUUCCGCAAGAUCGCAGCCGGGGACAGACUGCGAGGCCAGUACCAAGCACUGAGCCAAGACCCUAACAGUCUAUCAAACCUGGACCAGGACCUCCCCAACAACAUGAUCCACCAGGUGACCAUCAAGUCUCUCCCUCAAGAGUGGCUGUGGUGCGAGACAUGGUGUGACGACGCCUCCAAAGUCUCAGCCAAGACCAUCGACCUGUGCAAUAACCCCAAGACCAAAGAGCCCAAACUGAUGGCGGCGGCGAGGAUUGUGCCCGAAUGGGUUAGCUACGACAACGAGAUCAAGCAGCUGCUAAAGCAAAUCCAGGAAGACAUGAUGUCGACGCUAAAGACGAUGCCAUCGCAACAACAUAAAGGACACAAGCGUGAUGAACUUUAGCAAACAAGGGACGCUUGUAGACAGAUGAGAUGCAGAAUCACCGACGGAUGCCUCAAGUGUUAGUUGCCAAGAGACAACGAAGGUGAUCAGGUUUGUGUUGGCAUCCAAUGCAUCGAUGCAAAAUCUCUUACGAUGAUAUUUGAUGUUGUAAACUCGACUGAAACACACGUGAGUGAACAUUUGCCAAAAGCUCGAGAAGAACAAGCAGGAUCCGUCCAUUCAUUGGUCAGCAAUAAAUUCAUUGUGAGUCUACUAGCCGUCAAUUCUAGACCGUGAACCACUUCCAUGGACACAUCCAACCAACUUCACAGUGUCAGCUUCCAGUGGAAGAAGCCUGGAGACCAUGGAGAACAACAUGCUGCUAUGAAGGUUCAAACUCAGCAGAAGCAACUUACUUAGCAGUGCUAACACUGCACCACCUUGCCAUUUGCCGCUGGCUCAAACCCUCAGCAAGAAGUAUUAGGGCCACACUUGAAAGAAAAGACAGACAUCAUAUUAUCAAAUUGAGUAUAAUCGUAAUUUGGACGAGGGAAAGUCAAAAUGCAACAAUGUGACACCGGCAGUAGCUGCAAGUGUUUUUUUUCUCGCAAUAGUACGACUUUAUUUUGUAAACUUCCUUUUUUUUUGUAAUUUUUUUUUCUUAUCGUAUUUAGCCUUUAUUAUUGUGUAAAAUGUCUACCAGUACUUCUUUUCUUGUUAUUGUAUGACUUUAUUCUGGUAAAGUCACAAUUUUAUUUCUCCUGAUAUUAUUGUAAUAUUCAAAAUUUACUCUCGUAAAAUUACAACCUUAUCCUAGUAAAAUGUCUUAUUUUUUUCCCCCUCAUAAUAUUCCAGUUUGUCGCAACAUUACAACUCUUUUUAACCCAAAUUAAAUUAUAAUCGUAAUAGUCUGACUUUAUCCUUGUGAAAUUCACAAUUAGCUCAUAAUAUUUUAACUUUAUUCUUGUAAAAUUCUAACUUAAUUCUGGUUAUAUUCCAAUUUAAUCCUUGCAAAAUUACACGUCUUUAUUCGCCCCAAUUUUUAAUUCUUGUGCAAUUACUUUUUUUUCCUUGUAAUAUUCUGACUUGAUUGUUGUGAAAUUCACAAUUAGCUCAUAAUAUUGUAACUUUAUUCUUUUAAAAUUCAAACUUUUUUCCGGUUAUAUUCCAAUGCAACUGUUUUUCUCAUAAUAGUGCUACUUUAUGCUCAUAAAAUUACAACUGCAUCCUUGAUUUAUUAAUAAUUUAUUCCUAUCCAAUGUUAAAAAAAUGUUGUGAAAUCACUUUUUUCAUAUUCUGACUUUAUUACUGUGAAAAUCCACAUUUCACUCAUAAUAUUCCAACCUAAUUGUUUGUUUUUUUUAAAUGAAGAUGUCUUAUUCUGAUUUUAUUCUUGUCAAAUUACAAUUUCAUGAUCGUAUUGCAAUGUUAUGAUUUUUUUUGCUGGUAAAAAUAUUACUAUUUUUUUUUUGAUCAGUGUGGCCCUAAUACUCCUCCCAUCCAUCUUCGAUGCCGCUUACCCUCACUAGUCAUAGGGUUAUGCUGGAGCCUAUCCCAGCUGACUUUGGGCAAGAGCGGUUCUAAUACUCUUUUUUUGUAGAAACCAUUGGCUGGCCACAGUACCGAAACACUGCAAGCCUUGACGUCAACGUGUUUCAAGAGCCAUAUACAGCAGGAAACUGCUUUUAAAACCUCAUGUCUAUCUUAACCUCGGAUUGCAGUAGAGAGUUUCCUGUCCCGGUAUGGAACAAACUGAUGUGCUAACGUCCUCAUUUCCUCAAAUAGUGGUCUGUUACAUCAGGAAGUACAUUGGAAGCAUUAUUUGAUUUGGUUCCUUUCAUUAAUAGCAGUAGCCUUUUCAGGUUGUAUGUGAGCGCCUCAUGGAAGAGUUAGUAGCAAUGGCAGCUUUCGUAUUCGAGUCCGAGCUAAAACUUGUGCCUGCAAAUCCAGCCAUUGUUGGUCACUGACACUAAUCUCAAGAAGGAAAAUUAUCACUGGUUAAUGUAUGAAAUGUUGGAUCUGUGUGUCAUGUACAUGAUGCCUAACUUAUUAGUGUCUUUACAUCUUUUGUCAGCCUUUUUCUGGUCAGCGUCUCAGGAAUGAAAUAGCUGUUGCUGCUCAACCAAAGAGUCUUAAUUGUGUUUCUCUAUUAAACUGUGGAAGGAAGAGAAUGGCAUCACUGCUUCAUGGUGUGAGGAUCAUGUAUACAUGAUUGAAAUGAAUAGAAUAUCAUAUAAAUAUCUUUAUUUACAGAUCAAACACAUUCCCUUCAUAUAAAAAUAGCAUUGUACGUACGUACAAAAAGAUUUUCCUGAAUGGAUGUGUAUCAGAGAAAACAAUACAUUUUUGGAAGGAACCCUUUGUUCCUGGUGCUUUUAAAAAGCGUCUUUUUGUUUGCAUAGCAACAAAUCGUCCCCCCAAAUGGAUGAUUUCACAUGUAAAGAAAAUUGCUUUAAUUAAGGUCAGUAAGGCCAGCGGUCUCCCCUUUUUAAAUGGAGAGGAAAUCGUCAUGAGUUCCUCAGUUGAAGUUGAAUUUGAAGUUGAAAGGUCCUGAUCCAAACGGGUUAAAGCCCUGGAAGUUGUGGAAGUCUCCGUGGAAAUGAUGGCCUCCGCGGUGACCCUGCUGGCUCUCUGGGUCCAUGGGGUCUUCACCCUGGUCGUACUUGGCUCUCAUCUCUGGAGGACAUGCAAACAUGGGUGGCGGA